AUGUCCGGCCCUCUCUUCGGCAUCGUCCCCGCCGGCCAGCCUCUCAUCACCGACCCAACCUCGGCGCCAUCCCCCACCUCAUUCCUCUACGCACUGCCCCCGACCAAGCCCUUCUCCCACAUUGUCGUCUUCCUCCUCCCAAACGUCGUCCUGCCAGAGAACUCCGCCGCCGCCAUAUACCUCACCACCGUCCGCGACGUCACCGCCGCCUCGCAGGCCAACUCGACGCCCGACUUCCGCUUCCUGGGCGGCAUCGGCCCCGGCAAAGAGAGCGCAAUGUUCAAGAUUGGCGCCGACGCCAGCGGCAGCGGUUACAUGAUUGGCGUCUCCAUCGAGUCUGCUGAGUCGGUCGGCACGCGACUGCAAGAACUCGCUGCUAGCAAGGCUUCCUCCUCCUCCACUAGCGGGAGCGGCGGCGCAUCAUCGACAACCACCGCCGUCCUCGCCCAGCGCAUCAUCCAAAACGCCUUCAACUUCCUCACUAGCUUCAGCGGCACUGCUGGCCCUGGCGGUGUCGAGGUUGUUCCCCUCAAAGCUUUUGAGGACUGGUGGCGCAAAUUCGAAUCCCGAGUUCGUUCAGAUCCAAGCUUCCUCGAGAGGCAGGCCGAUUGA